AUGUCGCCUAUGGUGAUAGGAAAAGAGGCUUAUUAUUACUAUUGGGGGUUCUUUCCAAUGGGAUUUGUGGUGGGGAAUUCUGAUGGUAUGAAGAGUGGAGGUGACAAUGGGUAUCCCAAUUGGAUGUCACCCAUGUUUGGGUCGCAGGCGAAUAUUAUUGUGGCAGUGGAUAUUGGUGCACUUGUGCUCACAACGGGUGGCAGUGUUUUGUGGCGAUGGAUAUUGGUACACCCGUGCCCACAGCAAUGGCAGUGUUCUGUGAAACACGAAUGUGACGCCGCUACUGUUGGUACCAGUAACUUCAACUGGAGCUAA